CAUCUUCAGUCGACGCGGCCGUCCCAAAUAACAGCAACCAGGUUGUAGAACAUCAAGAUGUUCACCUUAGUUUCAGUAGUCCACAGGCAGAGGCUUGGUGGCGCAGUAGGUAUCUUCCAGGCAGCGCAAGAGGUAUCAAGACAGCGUAUUUCUUGUCCGCUGAGGUUGAGGACGCGCCUCCUGUGUUUGGUGUAGAAGCAGAGGUGUGUGCGCCUCUUUUGGACAAGCGGAAGAACUGUAGCAAUGCUACGCUUAGUCGGAACUUAGUCGGAGAUUUCGACUCGUCACUGCAGGAACAGCAGGCUGCUGCUACUUCCACCAGUGCUACUGGUUCAGCAUCGACUUCUACUCUGGUGUUGUUGCAUAAAGACGAAUCUGCUGGUUCUCGUACAUUCACGACGAUGCCGAGAAGUACAACAACAUUUCCAAUCCUAGAGGGUACAGACACUCGGCGGUAUCUCUAUUACUACCCGGACGUGGACAAAAACGUCCAAGCAGCAGGAACACAUCAGCUGCAAGAUGGACACACUGGUGUAGUUUCACACAGUCAGUCCUCGGACAUGGGCCGACUUCCAUCUUCUGCAGGACAUAACAAAGUCGCAGCUGAAGAACCCAGGAGUGCUGGAGAACGCAGCGUCGAUGAAAAUGCUUCUAAACCGGGGGCAGAAGGGCAGACACUUUCGCUACUUGCAGCCCUGCAAUCCCUAGAUGGUGCUGCAAAAAUCAAGCUCGCGACUCUCGCAUCUUUGUUAUGGCAAGGGCUUGCCGUCGUAAAAGACUUGAGGUAGCGAGAGAAGCACUCUUCAUACUCAAUAUUUGUACUAACUGAGAACUACUCCUUAUAUAUACUCAACAUUUGCACUUCUAGCUAAAAGAAGUACUACUCAACAUCCUGUCUUCAUACAGUUGGUUCACCACUGCUGUCGUCAAUUGGUCUUUGCAGUUUAUGACUCCGCGGCUUCCAGGAAACACGUUUGCGAAUUUCAUCGCUAUCGGGCUGGGAAAAUUGAUAGGAUACGGCAGCUGCGGCCCUCUCGCAGACUCUUUCGGGCGUAGGCAGACAAUGAUUGUAUUGUCUUUGUCGCAUUAUUUGUUAAUAUCAUAACCUCAAGGUGGUAACCUUAUGCAGCACGUCGCCGAACAGAUUCAACUUCAAGUCUUUACCAUAACCUAUAAAAAUAUAAAGUUUUAGUUUAUAAUGAGGCGCCUUCGUAUUCCCCCCUAGAAAACGGUGGUCACGGAUUAAUUAUUCCCCAGCCAGCUCCCAGGAGAAUGCAGAAAGUACGCCAGAAUAUACUCUUGUUGAACACUCGCCUACUACCAGCACCAAGAAGGUGCAAGGCGUGCCUGGAUAUCGGAGUUUUGACAGCGGUGACAACAAGUG